UCUUUCCCCAUUUCUUUAUGCAUUCCUCUUUUCAACUAAUUCCAAACCCAUGAACCCAUCACUCCCCAACGCCACUUCCUCCAUGACCCUUUGCCAUUUCCUUCAAUAGCAUUUUUCAUUUUCUCUUCUCACUAAUGGAUCCUUGCCCCUUCGUCCGCCUCACCGUCGGCAACCUUGCUCUCAAGAUUCCCGUUGCUUCCAAACCUGCUCGCUCCCUUGUUCAUCCUUCCUCUUCUCCAUGUUUCUGCAAAAUCAAACUCAAGAAUUUUCCAGUACAGUCCGCCGUCGUUCCCUUUAUUCCACCGGAUACUAACUUCCCUGAUAACCAGGUUCAGCCAAUCGCUGCCACGUUUCACCUCGGAAAGCUCGAUCUCGACCGUCUCGCUGGGAAAUCCAUCUUCGCCGGCAAGCUCUGCCUUAAAAUCUCGAUCUACACCGGCCGGAGAGGCACCACCUGCGGCGUCAACGCUGGGAGGCUGCUAGGAAAAGUUUCUGUCCCGCUCGACCAACUGGCCGGAACGGCGUCGAAGGCCACGGUGUUCCACAGCGGGUGGAUCAGCGUGGGAAAGGAAGCCAAAGGCUCUACCGCGCAGUUCCAUCUGAAUGUGAAGGCUGAACCCGAUCCUAGGUUCGUUUUCCAAUUCGACGGCGAACCAGAAUGCAGCCCGCAAGUUUUUCAGAUCCAAGGCAACAUUUCACAACCUGUCUUCACCUGCAAGUUUAGCUUUAGAAACACCGGCGACCGAAAUCAACGGUCCAGGUCGUUACAGUCGGAGGCGGGAAGUUCUAGAAGCUGGUUGAGCUCGUUUGGGAGUGAGAGAGAACGGCCUGGGAAGGAGCGUAAGGGAUGGUCGAUAACGGUUCAUGAUCUCUCCGGUUCGCCAGUCGCGGCAGCUUCAAUGGUCACGCCGUUCGUCGCUUCGCCCGGUUCGGACCGGGUAAGCUGUUCAAACCCCGGUUCGUGGCUCAUCCUUCGGCCCGGUGAUGGUACGUGGAAGCCGUGGGGGAGACUCGAGGCGUGGCGCGAGCGCGGCGGCUCCGACGGCCUCGGUUAUCGAUUCGAGCUUAUUCCAGACACGAACGGCGGCAUGAGCGCUGCCGGAAUAGUCCUUGCCGAGUCAACGCUUAGUUCAAACAAGGGAGGGAAGUUCGUCAUCGAUUUAAGCUCGCGCGUCGGGUCCGGCGGUUCCAACGGUCGCGCCACGCCGGGGAGCGCGACGUCGCCGGUGUGCAGCCCGAGGAGUAGCGGUGACUAUGGUUACGGGCUUUGGCCUUAUUGCAUGUACAGAGGGUUCGUGAUGUCGGCGAGCGUGGAGGGUGAAGGGAGGUGCAGCAAGCCAAGGGUGGAGGUUAGCGUUCCGCACGUGAACUGCACAGAGGAUGCAGCGGCGUUCGUGGCGUUGGCCGCCGCCGUUGAUCUGAGCGUGGAUGCCUGCAGGCUUUUCUCUCAGCGGCUGAGGAAGGAGCUGUGCCAGCAAAUGGAGUUGCUUGGCUGAUUCCGCAUUGCGCUGUCGUUUCGUGCUUUUGCCCCCUGUCGUUUUAUUCCUUUGUAUUUUUUGUUCUUUUAAUUGGGGUUUUUCAUUUUGAGUGAGGAGGGUACUAACAAACAAUUUACAGGCUGUACAGGGAAAGACAGACUAGUAGAGUACUAGAGUGCGCUCUUUGUAUUCACGUGUGGCUUUUUUCUUUGAUUUUCUCUCCCUUUUUUUUCGUCAAUUAUGGGAAAUCAAGAAAAAGCUUAUUUAUUUUUUUUUUCUUGUUAUUACGUAUAUGUAAUUUUUGCACAACUCUUGAACUGACUCAUCACUCACGUGUGUCAUAGUCUUCUAUUUUUUCUAAAAUGUUUUGCUGUAUAUAUUUGGAGUCACUUUUAGCUGUAAGCAUUGGUAAUUUU